AUGGAAGGUAAACCUUGUGAGAGCAUAAUAACCACAGGACCAAAGGGGACGGCUGCAGAGACGAAUGCGCGACUCUACAGCUCCGACAACAAAGCUGUAUUGUGGCCGAGCGAACGCAUUCCUCAAGGUGGACUUUUCCACACACCCAAGUUCGAGUAUAGCAAGGAAACCGCCGAUUUGUUGACAGCACUUAUGGCUGAGUCAAAAAUGUCGAUGAUGAUGCGAAAAAAAAUUAACUAUCACUUACGCAACGGAGAACCAUUGCCAAAACCAGAACCUCCACGUUUUAACACGAAGGAUCCAGAAACUGGGGCACUUGAUAUUUUACGGCAUGCGCGUCUGGCCAAGCGAAAGAGUCUCGAACAAAUAUUGGCUAGCGAUGCCUACAAGCUACCUCCUUAUCGUCCGAAGCCCACGAAUCGUAUGCCCACCGAGAAGGAAAAGAAGCUGCUGCAAGAGGCCAUGUCAGGUAUGCGCUUGGCAGAGACGUCACUGAAAGCAAAGCGAAAACCAAAAUCUAGGAACGACUUUAAUGCUACUGAGGAGAACCUCAUCGAUGAACUUUUGGAUCAAAUCAAUGAACGGGCCAACUGGUUAGCGGAAAUGGAAGAAUUGGGCGAAGGUAAGCGCUUUAGAAACGAGGUUCGUGAACAAAUUACCGAACGGUUGCGCCACAUAAAGGCGUUAGAGGCGAAAAUGCAGAUUAAAAGGAGCGGUAUACGAUACGUGGACUAAAGAAUGGCAUGCAAAAUUA